AUGGCAGCAACUCCGUUCUCGCUCGAAGGAGUGCUAAUAUAUUUAGCAGAAACGUUCACAGCCGGUGUCCCAGCGGAUUUGGACCCCCCUAGAAUUGGACCCCCCGGUCCAAAUCCGCUAGCGGAUAUGGACCCCCCCGGUCCAUAUCCGCUAGCGGAUUUGGACCCCCGGGGUCCAUAUCCGCUAGCGGAUUUGGACUCCCCUCCGCGGAUUUGGACCCCUUUAACAAAACUGAGUAAAAACAUUACCAUACAUAACUUCCUAAUAGAAAUAAUAAAAAUUUAGAAAGUAGGCUUUCAAAAAAAGUUUUUUUUUUUUCAGAAAGUAGGUUUUAUUUUAAAACAUUCUCGUAGACGUGAUCUUUUUCUCAGCAUUGCGUCUCAAUUUAAGGUUUUCGUUUAAUUAACCUGCAGCUGUAAGUCUGUUGUUUACCUCUGGAAUGAAAAUGAAACGUAAAUUUUGAAAUCAUUUGUUUGCUUGCCAGUUCUCUUGAAAAAGUGUGAAAUAUAAAAUAAUAACAACCGUUGAAUGCGUGAAAGCUUCAAUUAUGAUUUUUUUUUUUGGUUUUGUGAAAUACCGAUUGCUCAAAUCUCGACUUCUAAACUUCCGACAACUUCAACAAAAAGCCUUUAGUCAACGCAAUUUCUCGAAUUAAGCUUUAUUUUCACGAAGGUUCGAAAGAAUCGGGAAUUCGCUGUUCGUUUUCCUCAACUGAUAUGCGUUGCUCCGCCUACUUUAAUUUUAUACGGUUGAACAAUUUACUUCUUUAUUAAGUUAUUCUGUUAUGAUGUUAUUUUAGGCGCACCGUUAAAUAAACAUCGCGUUGCGUUUGUGCUACUUGCUACUUACCUCUUGAAUGAAAGUAAUUAAGUUAAACUUCAAGUCUUUUUAGCGCUCUUGUCAAGUUAAAAACAGAGUGUUUGGUAGGGUGAAUUAACAAAAGUAGAUGAUAGACAAUAAGACACCGCUAUAUUCUAAUUACAUUGUUUUCUUUCCUUUUCUUUUUUAAUCUUUUUCUCGUCUAGAUUCUUUUCUUUUUGAAAUCUAGCGCUUUUCACCAGAAGCCUUGAAAAGCGUGUCUUUAUGUACCGCAAGUGUGUAACUUUGAAUCAAACGUUCUCAUAAUACUCUUUAACGCGUAAAAGUUAUAGUUAGUGUUGCGCUUGGUCUGUUAAGCACCGACCAUAAAAAGUUAUUUUCAGUGCGGUUAUAAAAUGUUUCACAACUUACUAACUGAUAGAGCAAAUAUAAAAACGGUUUAACUCAUUUAGUUAAACUUAUUUAUUGAUAUUGUUUUUUUGUCUAGUCGAAUGUUAACAAAUUAUCGGUAUGAAGUGAUAAACAUGUACUAGACAAUAGGUCGCUUUUAGACGAUAAUUACAUUGUCUUGAUAUAUAGAAAUGUUAAUAAGCGUGGAACGUGUUACAGCAAUUAUUCAUUUAUGUUAUUGUUACUGUGUGCAGCACAAUAAAGUUUAGUUUCUCCGCCUACUGCAAAGGUUUUAUUUUACUUUUAUUGUCUUCGCUAUGUAUAAAAGGGCACUCAAUUCCACAAGUGUUAUCAUUACUUUUAUGAUUCAUUCCAUGAACGAUGGCCGAAACGAAAACGUACAACGAAGUCUUUAACUAUCUCCGCGAUAACGAAUAUCCGAUCGAUUUUUCGAAAGACCAAAAGAGAAACUUGCGCAAGAAAGCGCUAAAAUAUGUUCUUGAAGAUGGUGCGCUUUAUUUCAUUGGCCAGAAAAAAGGUGAGCCUAAAAGAUGGGUUCAUUGCCAAGACGAGCAGCAGAAGAUACUGAGAGCUUGUCACUCUGACAAACUUGCUGGGCACUUCGGCCGUGACAAGACGAGAGAAAAGGUUUGUACAAAAUUCAAUGCUACUUGUCUUGAACUUUUAAAUUGUGGAGACGAUUUACGUUGUCAGUUAUUAACUGUUGUGCUCCUGUUGUUCAGAAUUUAUUUUCUAAGGAAAUUAUUCGCCGUCAGAUUCCCAUACAAACACAGUAAAUUUGGGGCUGACAUGUCAAUCUACCCUAGAAUGCAACGUGUGGCGCCAUCUUUUUACGUAUCGUGAAGGCUUUAAACCAUAGAGUAGUCUUUUUGUUUACACUUAUUUCAAAUUAAGACUUAACAAGAGUCAUUACCUUAUUACAUUAACAGAGUUAGCAAACUAUUUGAGUUAACACUCACGCAAACGGUAAACGUUUUUUUUUUUUGUCUGCCAUUAAGCGUGUGUGAGAGAAAUGUAAAGGGUUCGCGUUUGUUAUUAAUUUUUUUUUUUUCUCUUUUUACUAUUUUCUGUGAGAUUUUCUUAAGAAUUCGAUACAAAUACACAAAAAAAUAAGCACAGCUCAAGUUUACUAUGUUUAUUCUUUCGGUUGUCAUUACUGGUUGAAACGUCGCAAUUCACAAGGGCCAAAUGAAAUAACAAUUUGUCUAGAGUCGAGUUUAAAAAGUUCUGCAUUUGACUUAGCGUGUGUUCACUAACUGAAGUUAGAUUG